AUGCGGGAGCGGUGCGAUGAAGCCCGGCUUCCGGCCGGGCAGGAUCCCGAUGUCGUUGGCUUGGGGACCCUGAUCGCUUGUGCCGGGUCCGCAUGUAUCGCCGUCGUAUGUUUAGUGAUCCAGUACCUAUUUUUCUAUCUCCGCAAGAGCGAGGACGUACAGCAUUCAUCUGCUACGAACCCGAUCGAUGUUGCGUUGUUAGCCGGGCUCCGGAAGCCUCUGAAGUAUUUAGGUAUCAAAUUCGAUCGAUUAGAAACGCCUCAGCAAGAAGAACGAAGGUGGCCAGCGGCUUUUGAUCAAUAUGUCAAGGCCGUCGGCGAUGUCCAGCUUGCGAUUGGAUUUGCAGUGCUCGCGUACGGCUACUUAUCCCUAGCAGAGCAUGGCUUGUCAAUGUAUCAAUGGUGGCUCAUUGUGGGAUUAGUCUGGUAUUCGGUCGUAGCGAAUCUAGCAACUACUUCAUAUUUGCGCGCCUAUUUCCUCAAGAGGGACCCGGGAGAGCGAUGGCUACGGAUGAUUCUCCUAAUCUGCCUUAUUGCGAUGCUUAGCUUUUCAAUGGUGCCGAUUUACCAGCUGAAGGAGAGGCUUGUCAAUGAGCAUAACGAAGAGACGCAGCGCCGGAUACUCCUGGCAACAAACGUACUUUGUUAUAUCCCCGGAUUUGGCGCCAAAGCCGACACGCCGCAGUUUCGAUCCGCCGUUACACUCAUAGGCAUCGUUGUCGUUCUCGGUAUUGUUAUCAUCGGAUUACUGAAGCUCUACGAGAGACCCAGCAGUGUUAUCUUCAAGUGGCGCGAUCACUAUCGCGGCGAAAUGCAGCAGUCGUUUUUCGGGGAUGGAGACAGCAUCAUAACUUGCAUCCGUUGCGAGCAACGCCACAUGUUGCUCAUAGUCCGACCCGUCUUGGCGUUCUGGUUGGUUCUGCGGAUCUAUGCCGACUUCCUGAAUUCCGUCUUGACCGAAAUCCUUUUCACUGCGGCCAUGUUCACAUGGAUUACUAUUCGUUUUGUCGACAUAUUGCGCCUUGGCGGGAGCUUUGAAGCCUAUGUUCACCAUUGGGAUUUCGGUCAGAUCGUCGCGCUUGCUUUCUUUGUAGCGCCUCUUGGGUCGCUGGCAAGCUGCUUGUUGGGUAGUCUUAGGGGACUGAAAUUGAGGAAUCCGUUCUCUAGGCGUUCUACUUUCCGAGACAUGAGAUGGCUGCCGAGCUUCACUAAAAGAUCACAGCCUGAGGAACUUCCAGACAAUGACAUUGAACGGCAUAGCGACCGGCCUAGAUCACCCCGUGACGAAGGAAUCAGCGAGUUGGAUGGACAGGAACAGCCAAAUAUAGCAAAAACAACCCAACGGCAUGAACAAACUAGCAAUUCGCAGAACGGCGGGACCGGCCCGGCUAGGAGAGCGUAUGAUGUAGGCAAGUACAAGGCAUUGCUGUCGCCUCGGUUUAUUAUCGCACUGCCGCUUGUAGGCUUCUCAAACCUGCUAUACCUUGUCCUCUUGUUAGUCUUGCCAAGGGUGCCUGAAUACCCGUCGACUUCUGAGGUACUCUGGCGGACCAUUUUCUGGUACGUUAUUUAUCAGCCCUUGUUACUCUUCGCUUUCUUCCUCGCCGGAAUGAUUGUAGAAGAGAGGGUUACACGAGAGGGGCAAAUGCAGUAUGCCUACCGGAUCAUCGCUGUCGUUGCAGCUGUACUGUCUACAGCCGCCAUCUUCGACACUCUAUAUGGCCUCGGUGGCAUUCCGAUGUCGUAUAUAGGCAUGGGAACGCUCGGUUUAAUCCUACUCGUCUACCUCCUUUACGGCUGCGUCGCACGACCUGGCCCCUUGGCGAAAGGCAAAGGACGUAGCAGGUUUCCAAGAGCUGGAGACGUCGAAGAAGGUCAGCCACUCCUCUCGGACACUAGGAGAAGGCUCUUACCAGAGGUUCGCAUUUUCCCGGUUCGUAGGCCGAAGCUAUGGCACGGUCCUUCGAGGAGGCCCUCGGCAAGGGGCAGGAGAAGCUACGGUACAAUUGAUUAA